CAAAAGGACGUUUCACGUGCUGUUAAACCGCAAACACCCGUUGCAACACCAUCUCCAGCUCCCCAGGCACCUGCACCUGUUACUCAGCAUCAACAUGCUGCCUUGGCUGCUCAGGCCACUUUGCAAAUGCAACUGCAACAGAUGCAAAUGCUUCAGAUGGCAUCCAGAGACCCAGUGGCAUACUACCAGCAAAUGUCACAAACUUUCGGCCAGCCGAUGGCGACGGCUCUCUUGGCGCAGCUGCAAGCUAUACAACAAUUGCCAACCUCUCAGGCUCAGCAAUACCUUUUGGAACUGCAAAGGCAGCAGCAGAUCAAGGCACAGCAAGAAGCGUCGUCAACGGCCGCGUCGUCACCGCAGCCGUCUCAACAAGAUCGAGAACGCUUGCUGAAGGAGUCUCAACUGCGAGCGUUACACAUCUCCGGCAGUCCCUCAGACACCGAUAUCGACCGCACCGUCGCAAGUGAAUCUUCCGAUUAA